CUUCCGGCUUCCGCGACCUGUUUCCCGUGCUGCACCGCGGCCUUCCUUCUUCUCUUCCGCUCUCUGGUGCUUGGAGAGCUGUGGGCUUGGGCGCAGAGAUGGCCAAGUCCAAGAACCACACCACGCACAACCAAUCCCGAAAAUGGCACAGAAAUGGCAUCAAGAAACCCCGAUCGCAAAGAUAUGAGUCUCUCAAGGGGGUAGACCCCAAGUUCCUGAGGAACAUGCGCUUUGCCAAGAAGCACAACAAGAAGGGCCUGAAGAAGAUGCAGGCCAACAACGCCAAGGCCAUGAGUGCACGUGCUGAGGCUAUCAAGGCCCUGGUCAAGUCCAAGGAGCCCAAGCCCACGAUCCCAAAGGGCAGCAGCCGCAAGCUCAGUCGACUUGCUUACAUUGCUCACCCCAAGCUCGGGAAACGUGCUCGUGCCCGCAUCGCCAAAGGUCUCCGACUCUGCCGGCCAAAGGCCAAGGCCAAGGCCCAAACCAAGCCCCAGGCUGCAGAUGCAGCCGCAGUUCAGGCUCAGGCUCCAGCUCAGGCUCAGGCUCAGGCUCAGGCUCAGGCUCAGGCUCCCAAAGGUGCCCAGGCCCCUGCGAAGGCUCCAUAGUGGAGGCCUCUGUCUGCCGGUGUGAGGACAGAAGGAUGUGCUGGUGUGCCCCUGGGCUGGGGUCCUCCUGUGGUGUUUGUGCAAAUAAACAUGAGGCGGUCUGUCUGUCA